CAGGCUUUUGUGUUAAAUUGACAAGCAAUAUUUAAAUAAUUGCAUUCAAUUUUGCAAUGUCUACUGUAUCUAAUUAAAUUAAAAAAAGGCUAUAAGCCAAAGAUAAAUUUUUUAUACCUUUUUUAUAGUAGAUUAAGACGUGUAAAUCGGCAACUUCAAGAUGAUACUGGCACCGCAGGCAUGUUCCUGCCCAUUACUAGAGAAUGGUAUCUCGCUUGUUAACUCAACGGUCUGCAAUGGCGCGGUAUUAUUCAUGGUGAUGCUGGAGGCGUACCUGCGAGGUCGUUGCGAUAUCGCCACCCCUUGCAGUAGAAUAGACCCGGUGGACAAAGUAGACGAAGCUUAUGAUUUUAUUGUGGUGGGGUCUGGUUCAGCGGGAUCUAUUGUUGCUGGGAGAUUGAGUGAAAUAGAACAUUUUAAGGUUUUAUUAUUAGAAGCCGGUGGUGAGGAGCCGAUUGGGGCGAGACCUCCGUGUUUCUAUCGGAACUUUUGGCAGAAUCAGGACAUCGACUGGUCGUAUCGCACCGCACCGGGAAAUUACUGCCUCGAUCAGAAAGGGAAAGGAUGCUCUUGGCCCAGAGGGAAAGUAAUCGGUGGCACCAGUGUGCUGAACGGUAUGAUGUACCACCGCGGCCACGCCGCUGACUUCGCAACAUGGGGCGAGGAAUGGUCCUGGGAGAAGAACCUACCAUACUUCUAUAUCACUGAAGGCAAUAGAGAAGUGGACACAUUGGUUGAUUCAAAUUGUCAUUCACAAACAGGACCGAUGCCUGUUCAACAAUUCAAGUACCAACCACCGUUCCUCUACGAUAUGAUGAGAGCAAUCGAAGAAGCUGGAUUACCAAUCAUACAAGACAUGAACGAUCCCAAUACUCCUGAAGGGUUCUGUGUGGCACAAGCUUUUACUGACAACGGUCAAAGAUAUACAACAGCGAGAGCAUAUUUAAAGCCGCGUUUUUUGCGACCGAAUUUACAUGUCAAGAUAAACGCACACGUCUUCAAAGUGCUGAUAGAAGACAACCGCGCGUACGGCGUACAGUAUUACGAUGAAGAGGGGAACAUAAAAACUGUUUACGCCACUAAAGAAGUAAUACUAAGCGCUGGCAGCUUGAGCUCUCCUCACAUCCUCUUCCAUUCAGGUAUAGGACCUCGCGGCAUGCUGGAGGGCUACGGUAUCCCUGUCAUAGCAGACCUGCCUGUAGGUCAGAACUUGAGGAACCACCUCGGAGUGACUUUAGAGUUCUUAAUGACCAAAUACGACCAGAAACGUUGCUUAGAUUGGAGCGCAUUACUUCAGUAUAUGUUGAACAAGGACGGGCCUAUGAGUGCAACUGGACUCACUCAGUUAUCAGGACUGCUGUACUCAAGCUUAGCGGAUAGAAGCCUCAAGCAACCAGACCUGCAGUUUUUCUUCAACGGUUUCUAUGCAGAAUGCUCACAGACCGGAAAAGUUGGAGAACCGGAGAAUGUUACGCAGAAAGGAGUUAAUAUCAGUAUAAAUGCGGUGUCGCUACUGCCGCGCAGUGUAGGCUACAUGGUGCUGACCUCUAGCGACCCUAAGGUCCGCCCUGUGUUCUACCCUCAGUACUUCUCCCACCCAGAUGAUAUGCUGAUGGUCAAAGAUGCAGCGAAGCUUGUACACAAGAUAGUUAAGAGCCAUACACUACGUCAUAAAUACGGUAUAAAGUUGCACCCGGGCUUCGCGAGGGAGUGCGCCGCGGCGGAGUGGUCCGAGGAGUGGCUGGAGUGUGCGGCGCGCCUCGCCACCGACCCGCAGAACCAUCAGGUCGGCACCGCCGCUAUGGGCCUCGUGCUAGACCACACUCUAGCCGUUUACAAUAUACAAGGUCUACGUGUGAUCGACGCGUCAGCAAUACCAACACAACCGACAGGUAACCCUCAAGGCGCCAUCAUGAUGGUCGCAGAACGCGGCGUCGACUUCAUCAAGAAAUAUUGGGCCUCGUAUUUAUAACAUUGAAUCUUAAAUAUACUUGACAUAAAGUCUAAAUUGCAAUGUAGUAGUCAGUAAUUAUCGUGCAAAAUUGUUUAACGGUAUUUUUAUAUAUUCUGUGUAAAAUAAUGUGUAUUCGGUAAUUCAACGAGAAUGAGGGAGGUGUGUUGUUUAGUGACUGACUUCUCCCCAAGUCACAAUUUAAAAUCUAAUUGUUUUGAUUUUGGCCUAGUUGUGUUGUGUCUCAAGAUGUGCAAAUCAAUAUUAUAAUUUAAUUUAUUGCAUUUCUGACGCCUUAUUUAUUACACUUUUUGCAUUAAUAAUAUAGUAAUGUUCGUGUUACCUUAUCAUAGGGACGCAAAAUCUAUUUGUAAAUAAUACUUAAAAUAAAACUGUCACAUUUAAAAGGAGUAAAUUAAGACAAAUUAGAUAAAUCAAGUUAUUUUAAUAUCAUUACAAUCUUACUAAUAUUAGAAAUGCUAAAGUUUAGAUGUAUGUUAGAGUUUGUAUAUGAAACGGCUGAACGGAUCUGGAUAUUUGGCAUAAAUGUAGAGCGUAGUCUGUGGAAGCACGCAUAGGCUUUACUUUCGUUUUUGUCUAACACCAGACGCACGGAGUCGAAAUUAGUUUUACAUAAAGUGUAUACAUGAAUUUGUAAGUGUAUACGAAAGGGUUAUUUCUAGAUGGAUAGAUUGCGUGAGAACUAAUUUAUCAAGAAGUGAGGGCAGAUAGAUCGGUUUGGCGAACGACAUCCGACACGCUCACUCUACCUGAGUGGGAUAAGGACAGAGAGAUGAUGGCUUUAAAUGAUAAAUGUGUAACUUCAUAGAGUUGUUAGUCCCUCUGCUAAACUUUUAUAUCAAAAUAUGAUAUCAAUUUUCCAUAGAUAAUGCAAGAUGAUUUUUAUUUGAAUUUAAAUGUAUUCUUGAAAUAAAAUGAUUUAGUUCCUGUAUAUGUUUUUCACUUAAUUUUCACAACCAUUUCUAAACAAUAAAACGAGGCCAAAACACACACAAAAAGUGGCUG